GCCUGACAGUCUUCUCUCAGGGCGGAAUUACACGUAGCAUUUCCUGAGCUAACAACAGUCGGCUGCCUCUGCUGUGACAGGUAUCCUCAGAGCACCUCAAACUCACGCUGUGAUUCAGCACAACGCAACUAAAAAUGGGCAGAAUGUCGUUAAGAAGACUCGCAGCUGGUUGAUGUUUGUUUCUGAUUCUGACAUUUAACACAAACCUCAGUUUCACAUCGGCUAGGUACAUUUACCCAGCUAGCUCUGAAGCUAACGCGCUAGCUACAUCUAAUUAGCCACUGAAGGGCUAACUCCGCUUUAACAGGCUGUAUGUGAGAGACGGAGCUGCUGACUGAGGACCUUAAGGACAAUCAUAACUACAAAAUAAGAAGAAGAAAGGUAUGGUGCAGCCGCAGCCUGACGGACCCAUGCAGUGGGAGAUGUCUGGAGAGGACAGUGGGGGGGCCCUCAGGGUCCCACCGGAGCUCGCUGCCAAUGAAGUGGUGACCAGGUUACUGGGAGACAACCAGCAGCUCAGAGAGGCUCUGAGGCGGAGUAACCUUGCCCUGCGUCAGCGCUGCGAGGAGAUGGAGGGAUGGCAGCGGAGGACGAGGGAGGAACGAGAGUUUCUCAGCUGUCGUUUCCAGGAGGCCAGGUCGCUGGUGGAGAGGCUGGCCCAGGAGAACCACUCCUUACAGGGCUUAGUGAACGGACCGGCCCCCUCCUCGGCCCCCUCGUUCCCCUCGUCCCCCAACUGCUGCAGCUCCAGUCAGACUGAAGAGCUGCAGGGACGCCCGGCCAGGAACGGACCGCUGGACGGACCGAAGACUCUGGAUCAGCGGGACAAGAAGAGGAUCGAAGAGACGGACCGACACACACAGACGACGCCCCCUCGCAGCCUGGGCGAUGCCAGUGUGCUAAGCUCCCUCUUUUCUCCCCCCUCCUCUUUCUCAGAGGCGCGGGGGGAGAUGAUGGUCAGGGAGAAUGGCCAGCCUGUCGAAGGUGCAAACGACUUCCUCCUGCUGCUGAAGAGCCACAAAGAAAAGCUGGAGGAAGGGAUGAGCGAGCUGAGGAAGAAGAACGAAGAGCUGGAGAGAGAGAAGGAGGAGGGAGAGAAAGAGAGAGAGCGAAUGAGGCGCUGCAUCGACCAGCUACAAGCCAAACUGGCGCAGGCACAGGUGAAUAACGUCACUGAGGAGGUGGCUCCUCAUCGCUCUGAGGCUCAGCACUCCUCCGACUGCUCUAGCCUGGCUAAACUCACAGAGCAGCUUCAGGCCACACAGGGCAGGUACCGCGAGCUGGAGGAGAAGCUGGACUAUCUGCAGAAGAGUUCGGCUCAGAGGGACAGAACUGAAGCUCUGCUCAAACAGAAGGACAAAGACUGCGCUCAGCUGGUGAAGGACUGCGAGGCUCUGAAAGCUCAGGCCACGUCUCUGCUGGCAGAGCUGAACGAGAGCCGGAGCCUUCAGGAGAAAAGUCUGCAUGAACGUAAAGUGAUGGAAGACAAGAUGAACAGUAAGGUCAAGGCGCUGCAGGCAGCUGAGCGUGAGUUGGAGCAGCAGAGGAAGCAGCAUCACGUGGCGAUGGACAAACUGCUGCUGCAGACGCAGAGUCUGGAGACGGCCCUGAAGACGGAGAGACACGUGGUCACAGAGGAGAAGAAGAAACUGACGCAGCUGCAGCACGCCUACACCUGCCUCUUCAGAGACUACGACUCCAAACUGAAGUGUGAGGGCGGAGACCUGUGCAGCCGUCUGGAGGAGGCGGAGCGAGCGCUGGCCCUGAAACAGGAUCUGAUCGAUAAACUGAAGGAGGAGGUGGAGCAGCAGAAAGGCUCUCUGGAGACCGUCCCUGUUCUCACCGCUCAGGCCGACAUCUACAAAGCAGACUUCUUAGCGGAGCGAGAAGCCAGAGAGAAGCUGAACCAGAAGAAGGAGGAGCUACAGGAACAGCUGACUCAGGCCCGCUCUGAGAUUGAACGGCUCAAACAGGAAGCCACGUCACGAGCACGAAUGGAGCAAAUGAAGCAGAGACACCAGGAAGACUUCCCAACACGGGCGCCCCACAUUCCCCCCCCACAAGGUGUGUUUGCAGGUGCAGCCUUCAACACGGUGCCCCCUGCCCCCUCGUACCGUAAUCAGGGUCUGUUACCUGUGGGGGACCCGGGGGCAGCGGGGACCGAGGAGCUGCCAGAUCUAUGUUGUCCUAAGUGCCAGUACCAGGCUCCAGACAUGGACACACUGCAGAUACAUGUGAUGGACUGUAUACAGUAAACAGGACACACACACACACUGACACACAAACUGACACACACGCACGCACACACACAGUGACACACACACUGACACUGUCACACACACACACACACACACACACACACACACACACACACACUGACACACACACACAGACACACAGUGACACACACACACUGACACACACACACACACACACACACAUACACACACUGACACAUCCUGACACAUCAUACAGCGUCUGCUCACAGCUCCGCCCACAGGAAGCGUGUGAUAGCUACACCUUACUCUGUCUGACAUCCACACUCACACAUUAACCUGAACACACACUGUGGAUCGUGUGCGUUGGAACAAAGACGAGCGACAUCAGUGGAUGGCGUGAAGACGGCGUGAAGACGAUGCUGUAGCUCUUCAUCCCUCGAACAUCUUUGAUAGAUUUUUUUAUUUUCUCCCCUUCUGAUGUUUGAUUUCCCAUCAGCGUCCUCUUCAUCAGCCUCCUCUUCAUCAGCCUCGUCUUCAUCAGUACUCUGUGGCGGUCAGCGUGUAGAGAAACAUAUUUAAAGGAUCCCGUGUGUUGAGGUCAUCAUCGUGUCUGUCUGCAUUACCUCAAACGUAUUAUUAUCAAUAUUCAACAUUAGAGAUGUUCUCUGUGUUCUGUGCCUGUGUACACUGCUGCUUUACCUGAUGCUUUGACCUGACCCUGAACGCAGCGUUUAGCCCCGCCCCCCCUUUGUGCCCCCUGUUGGGUCUUACCUCUAGCUGUGACACCUGGAUGUUUACCUGCAGGUGAGCGAGGAGACGGCCUCUCAGUCUGUGUGAAUAUCGUCUGAUGUUGAAGAUUUACCAAAUAAAGCAGUUCUUCAGAAA